AAUAAAAAAUUAUAUAUAAUAGCCAGAUGGGGCGUGCUAAAAAAGAGACGGCACGAGCAUCGCGCGUACAAAAUCCACUGCUAUAAAUACAAAUCAGGCACAGAGGAAGAGAGCUUGCAGCCAGCCAGCUACACGAUGGCUUAUGUGGGCAUUUUCAUGGCGGCUUUCACAUUUCUUCUUCUUCCAAAGAUUUGGCAAGUGUUAAAGAUUUCCUUGUGGAGACCAUAUGCUCUGUCUAGAAGCUUCCGGAAACAAGGAGUUAAGGGUCCUUCUUACUCGCUUUUCUCUGGAUCUUUACAUGAAAUGAAAAGGCUGAAGAUGGAUGCUGCUCAAAUUGUCAUGGAUACAACCUCAAACGACAUUACUCCCAGAGUUCUGCCUCAGUACCACAAAUGGUGCCCUCUAUAUGGAGAAACAAUUCUUUAUUGGUUUGGGACGAGGCCAGUGGUUAGCAUAUCGGACCCUGAUCUGGCAAAACAAAUUUUAUCAAACAAAUUUGGUUUCUAUGUGAAGCCCAAGUGCAGUCCUGCAAUACAAGCACUGACAGGAAAUGGAGUAGCUCUAGUCAAUGGAGGGGAAUGGGCUAGGCGCAGAAGAAUUGUUAAUCCUGCUUUCUCUAUGGACAAGCUAAAGGUCAUGGUAAAGAGAAUGGCAACAUGUACUGUAGCGAUGCUUGAAGCUUGGAAAGAUGAGGCCAAUGCAGCUAUGGAUCAAUGUAAAACGAUAGAAAUGAAUGGAGAAUUUCGAAAGCUUACUGCUGAAAUAAUAGCCUACACUGCCUUUGGCAGUAGCUAUUCUCAAGGGAAAGAAGCUUUUGAAGCACAAGUCGAGCUUCAACACUACUGUGCAGCUUCACUUCUUGAUGUUUUGAUCCCUGGCAGCCACUAUCUUCCAACUCCAUCAAACCUACAGUUAUGGAAGCUCGAUAGAAGAAUAAGGAAUUCUCUAAGGGACAUCAUAAAGAGCAGACUAAAACCUAAGAAUCUAGAUUGCAAUUAUGGGGAUGAUCUGCUUGGUUUGAUCAUGUCAGCAUCAGAAAACUCAGACAUCAAAGAAGGACCCAAGUUAAACAUGGAUGAAAUAGUGGAAGAGUGCAAAACAUUCUUUUUUGCAGGGCAUGAAACAUCCUCAAAUUUGCUAACUUGGACAGUCUUCUUGUUGAGCUUACAUCAAGACUGGCAAACAAGGCUCAGAGAAGAAGUGCUGAAAGAAUGUGGACUGGAAAUUCCUGAUUCAGACAUGUUGGCCAGGUUAAGAUUGGUAAACAUGGUCCUCCUCGAGGCCUUGAGGUUGUACUGUCCGGUAGUAGAAAUGUUCAGGGAAGCAUCAAAAGACAUGAAAUUGGGGAACAUGAUGAUUCCAAAGGAUGCAUGGGUGUCAAUUCCUCUGGCAAAGAUCCACCGGAGCAAAGAAUAUUGGGGAGAGGAUGCAAACGAGUUCAAUCCAAUUAGGUUUAAGAAUGGGAUUUCAAAGGCAGCGAACCACCCAAAUGCUUUUCUAGCCUUUGGGAUAGGUCCAAGAACUUGUGUGGGACAAAAUUUUGCAAUGCUGGAAGCAAAAGCAGUUCUUGCAAUGGUUCUUCAGAGGUUUUGCUUCUCCCUCUCCUCUGAGUAUAAACAUGCCCCAGUGGACAACCUUGCUUUGCAGCCCCAAUAUGGGCUCCCCAUUGUCGUCAAGCCUUUGCUUGCGCAGAACAUAUAGCGCUGUACCGGGACUAAAUGCACCAGAUUGUGACAGUGUUGACCUAUGCCUAUCUUUAGUUUUAUUAGCAUUAUAUAAAAUAAAAUAAAAUAAAAUUGGCACGUUAACAAAAUU